AUGACAUCUCCGGGUCUCAGUGGUGAUCACCGCCCAAACGAUGUCGCGACACGAGCCGAUGAAAGUGCUGCAACAAGGCGGGCAAAGAGGAACAGGGCAACCAUUGCAUGCACAAAUUGCCGACAGCGCAAAUCGCGUUGUGAUGGCUUACGACCAAAAUGUUCCGUUUGCAAAGAUUACAGCCUAGAAUGCGCAUAUUCAAAUACAAGCACUCUUACUAAGAACUCUGUUUCCAAAGGACUUAUAGAAGCACUCGAAGCUCGGCUCACACGUCUCGAAAAUGGUUUUACUGGAAUGUCUACCAGAGUAAACAAGAUCGAAGAUCUCCAGAACAAGGGAACUACACAUAUAUCCUCCGUAUCGCAUGCAUCUGGAAUCCCUAGUGAUCUCCCACUUUCGCAGGCGGAGGAUAGUGCAAGAACUUUAGCUGAACUUGAAGAUCCGACUGAUGGAAUGGGCUCAAUGAUUUUUACAGAUGAAGAAGACUUGCGAUUCUUUGGACCAUCCUCUAACAUUGCGUUCACACGUCGUAUCGUUACAUUAACAACUGCGAUCCUGAAAAAGGCUGCAUCAAUGGGUGGUCCAAUAUCACCUGAAGAAUACACUAUAACAAGUCACAUCCCGCGCAUAUCCCGGCCUCCAUCUCCGAUACCGAUUCUUACUGAUCAUUCUGACGCCGCUUCAAUUGGAACAGAACCGUUCAUACUGCCACCGCAACAAGACACUCACCAUCUUAUAGAGCUUUACUUUAGUUCAACUGGAACUCUCUUUCCAUACAUCGACAAAGACGGUUUUCUUCAGACUUAUCGGCAGCUUACUUCAACAAACAUGGUUUCUGUGCGGAGAUCAUGGCUUGGCUUACUUAACGUAAUUCUUGCAAUGGCAACAAAUGCCAAUACAGGUUAUGAUGCAACGCUAUCUGCGCAGGAGCGUACGUCCAAGUCAAAUGUCUACUUUCGCCGCGCUUCGGUUCUUUGCGAUCGACAAAUACGGCAUGGCACAAGUGUCGAGAUCGUCCAACUCUUGCUCUUGAUGAGCCAGUAUCUUCAAGGUUCGGAACGUUCGAUUGAGACGUGGAAUCUCCACGGUCUUGCUGUGAAGGCAGCUUAUCAAUUAGGGUUGCACUCUUCGGAUGCUCUCCAGCAGUAUCCGCCUCGAGAACGAGAGUUCCGUAAACGAACUUGGUAUGGAACACUCAGUAUGACGAUGGGACGUCCCAUUUCUAUCCCAGAGCACUUCGUCAAAAUCGAACUUCCCCAGAUUCUUGCGGACUCAGAACCAGAAGAUGAAGUGAGUGUGCAGACUGGGUCCCUAACAAGCUCCAGAACCCUUUACCGGAUAAUGACAGAUGUCUUUGAUGUUCUAUACGGAAGCAAUCUGGGAUGUGAUUCUAUCUAA